AUGUACCCGUCACCGGCACCCACCCAGCGGAGGAAUGGCGUCUGCGAUGAGGCAAACCAGAGCUGGGGGGUGAGGAUCCGCCGAAUCAGCAGCGGAAGGGAGAAGGCGGCCAGAUCUGGCGGCGUCGGAGCAGAGGCCGCCGCCAUGCCCUGGCUCGCAUCCACCACAGAGCUCGCCGCCCGCACGGCCGAGAUCUGCGGCCCGCGCCCGCGCCACCUUGCGCCGAGGUCCGGUGGCGCCCAACCAGCCGGGGCCGCCGCCCCAGAUCCCGAGUCCCCCGCGAGCAGCACAGGGCAGCAGCGAGAGGAUGGAUUUGUCUACGACUUGCCUGAUAAUUCGUACGCGCAUGCGUGCAGGUUCACCGGUGAGACGGACGCGUUCAUGGACGUGAUGCAUCUGCACAAGCUGGCGCUCCACGGCCAGUGGAGCGAGGCCAUCAAGUACCUCUCCCGCUACCUGCCGUCCGACCGUCCGCUGGGCGUCCACGGCCGCGCCCUCUGCCACUUCCUCCGCCUGCACAAGGCCAUCGAUGACAUCGUCGCCGGGGCAAAGGAGGCCCUCCCCGUGACCGCGGCCGUCAGUCUGUGCUUGGACCGCUUCCCCACUCGCAGCCCUGCCCUCACGAAGCUCCGCAUCAUCUUCUUGUCCCUCAUCGAGUCCAAGACACUAAGGGAUUCCGUGGACUUGAUGCGGCUGAGGUGCGAGGCUUCAUCGAUCAUGCAUGACUUGGUUACUCAGACUUCAGAGUUGAAAGACUAUAUGCGCUCCUGCGGCGGGUCAAUGGAUCCCCAGAACGUACUUCCCCUCGGAUUCGGCCACGCUAGUUUACGUCCGAGGCGACACCUGAAGAAACAGGGCGGCCAGGUCCCGGCGUCUGUGGUUGCCAGGCUUUAUCUUCAGAAGAAGAAGAUGUAUGUGUACUCUGACUAA